CCUCUUCUCUCUCCCCUUCCUUUCUACUUGGGUUUCCCAUCUGCUUCGAUACAACACCGUACUGCUUCAGCUUCUGAAGUUAACCUCAAACCCUCUCGGUCUAUCCUCUUAAAUUCGUUGAUUCUGACGGUUUUUCGCCCCAAUUCUUUGUUGGUUAUCAACUAAAUUCGGUGAAUUUGGUUCAUUUAUCGCCCUAUUAUUUUGAUUGCUCAUUCUUAUUGUGGGCCGCAGAACCUUUCCUUAAUGCUUGUAAGUGGUUUGUGGAAUGGAUUGGCUGUAUUUGCCUGUCAGUCUUUGUGAAUGAUGUUUGGUGGGCCAAAGGGUGCAAAUACCCUUAGCACACUCAAAUCAAAAUGGCGUGGUGAAUCAUCUUUGACCACAGGUUUGCUUAAGGACGUGCCUCCUGAGAUUGAAUUGUCGGAUUACGGAAAGGUACCGCCAAGUCCUGGUAGUGAGAGCCCUUCGGGGCUUCUUAAUGGUGAUUCUUUGAAUGUGGAACCAAUUGCUGAUUUGGACCUGUUCUUUGAAAGGCUUUAUGGCUACUAUUGUGAGAAAGGGCUUUGGUGCAUCAUUAUAAAAUGGAUAGUUGAGCUUCUAAGCCUUGGAUUCACCAUUUGUUUCUCAGGAUUUUUCUUAUUAUAUGUUGACUGGAAUGGUCUUCGUAAUGCCAAGUGUGGGAUGGAUGCAGUUGAAUCUGGGAUUAAGCCCUGUGAUCUUGCUAAGGAUGCUCUUCAUCAGCACCCAUUAACCCCGUUAACACUGACCAAAGCUAUAAUUGUUGGGUAUUUAGGGAUUUUUUCUAUUUAUUGGAUCUUUUGUUUUUUGAGGUUCUUCGCUCAAUUAAAGGAUACUCUGGGGGUUCGUCACUUUUAUUACAACAAUCUCCAUGUUACAGAUAAUGAAAUUCAGACCAUGCCAUGGGCGACAAUACUUGAGAAGGUUGUUCAGCUGCAAAGUUCACAACAGUUCUGUGUGAUUAAGGAUCUUUCUGCCCAUGAUGUCGUGAUGCGGUUGAUGCGCAAAGAGAACUACUUGAUUGGAAUGCUCAACAAGGGGGUGCUUGCUUUCCCCAUCUCUCAGUGGGUCCCAGGUGCUGGACCGACUGCCAAAUUUGUCUCAAACGGAAUGCAACAUCGUCUGAUACUGACAAAGACGCUUGAGUGGACCUUAAAUUGGUGCAUUCUGCAGAGCAUGUUUGAUCGAAACUUCUGUGUUAAAAGGGACUUUGUAUCUAAUCCUGCAACAUUAAAGAAGAGGUUUAUGGUAGUUGGGCUUGCAAUGCUUCUUCUUUCUCCAUUUCUUGUCAUAUUCAUGCUGGUGUAUCUCUUUCUGAGGCAUGCUGAACAGUUCUAUAAUCACCCAAGCACUGCAUCAUCUCAAAGGUGGUCAACUUUGUCAAAGUGGAUUUUUAGGGAAUAUAAUGAGGUGGAUCAUUUGUUUAAGCACCGGAUCAAUAGCAGUGUGGAUCAUGCUUCUAAUUAUCUCAAGCAAUUUCCUUCUCCUAUUAUUUCUAUUAUUGCAAAGUUCAUCUCCUUUGUAUCUGGUGGUUUUGCUGCAAUCCUUAUCAUCAUUGCAUUUCUGGAAGAGUCACUGCUAGAAGGCCAUAUAUUUGGACGCAACUUGUUUUGGUAUGCUGCUGUUUUCGGAACUAUAACAGCUAUUAGCCGGGCUGCUGUUACAGAUGAGCUUCUAGUUCUUGAUCCUGAGGGUGCAAUGUCUAUGGUUGUCGAACAUACACAUUAUAUGCCAAAGAGAUGGCGUGGCAAAGAAAAUACUGAGACGGUUCGCAUUGAGUUUGAAACUCUAUUUCAGUAUACUGGAAUGAUGCUACUUGAGGAGAUGGCCUCAAUUUUCCUCACUCCGUAUUUACUUAUAUUUGUUGUCCCAAAGCGUGUGGAUGACAUUUUGCAGUUCAUUGUAGAUUUCACAGUGAAUGUUGAAGGUGUUGGUCAUGUCUGCAGUUUCAGCGUCUUUGACUUUCAAAAACAUGGCAAUAGCAAUUAUGGCUCACCAUAUAAUGCACAUCGCACUGAGAGGAGUUCUCAGGGGAAAAUGGAGAAAUCAUUUUUGAGCUUUCAAAGUAACUACCCUUCGUGGGAACCAAACACUCAAGGAAAGCAGUUCCUGUCGAGUCUUAGGACUUUCAGGGAGCAAAAUCUGCAUGCAGGGGCCAGACAGGCAUAUUCUCCGAGAAAGUGGCGAGGGAGCCCCGUUUUCAGAGGUCGUGGAGACAGACGUGGGUUUUUAUCAAGGGAGCUCACACAUAAUAGUCCUGGAACUGGCUACCAGUUGGGUUCUCUAUGGCUAACUGAUGCAGAUCAAAAGAAUCAUCCCUAUCUUCUUGAUUGGUAUUAUACCUCACGACUGAACCACGUGGCUGGUCACUCGGGAGACACUCCACGGGACUUCGAAGCAACUGAUGAGCAGCAUCCUGGAGAUUAUUGGAUGCCAUCCAACUUGACAAAAAAUGAACCAAGGUAUGAAGAGUACUGGGGUGACCAUUACGAGGAUCGAGCUCAGUCCCAUCUUGGGGCUUCAACAUCAACUCCCUUCUUCCGGGACAGCGUACUACAGCAUCAUGCUUCUAGUAAUUUGGCACACCCAACUACCAGGAGCCAAUGGUGGGCCAGAAGUGGGCCAUAUGGUGGGCAGCCCCAGACAAGUUUUCUGGAGCCUCCUGCUUUCACUCACCACAGUUCAGAGAAUUAUUAUGACAAUCUUUCAGAUAGAAGCUUGGAGGAGCAAGAACAACACUUGGACUGGAGAAAUAACCGCAAAUUAGCCCAAACCACUUGCAUGGAUGACUUAGAGGUGGGAGAAUUAAAUCUUCAUUUCGACGAUAUAUAUAGCAGACCUCCAGAAACUCCCAGAAUAAAUCAAGUGCCUACAAGCUUCGAGUGAUCAGAUAAUUUGAAUGUACAUGGGUUUCCAUUACUCUGUUUGUGAUGGGUGUUCUGUGUAAAGGAAACUCUGUAUUCUUUAUUGUAUAUAAAUUCAUCAUGGUUUAUUUUCUCAGUAGGCCUCAAGCUUGAGCCGCAAGGUGACAGAGGUCCAAAGUGAUCAGAGUCCUGAAAAUGUAAAAGCUAGAUACAAAUAGAAAAACUAGAUACAGAGAGACCAUAUUCGUUUA